AUGGCUUGUGAUAGAUGUUGGCGUUUAAAAGUACGCUGCGUGUUCGAUCCAGCUACUGAUGAAGAUUGUGCAUUGUGUAGUAAGCAGGUAGCCGAAUGUAUAUGGACACGAACCAAAAAGCCAACCCCAGCUCCGGAUGAACACUAUGUCUUCUACCUUGAAGGUCGAGCGAAGGAGAUUGAAGAACGCCUAAAACAAUUGAAGGUGUUACCAGGCAUUAAUCUCAAACGAGAAAUCGACAACUUGUUGGAGAUCCGUCAUGAAGCUGAGGAUACCCGUUGUUUAAACGCCCCCAAUGAUGCCACCACAUCACAAACAAGUGUCAGCCGGAGCCGGGAGAGUACAACCCUGUUGACUCAACACAGCCUUGGCCAUAUUAGUACCCCGGUUGCUUCUCGAAUGUUGCAGGCUAUUCGACUCACCAAUGUAACGCUCGCCCCAGCUACUGCUUGUGAAGACUACGAGGAGAAUGCUUUGUGGAAACAAAGCCCUAUUGGCCCCGAGCCCCAAUACUAUGGCCCAUCUAGCAUAGAGGCUCUAGUCCUACAAGCUGAAUUAUGCUUGGAUCAAGCUAUAGGGAAGAAGGAGCAUCUCAGAUACGAGCUUUCAUGCCCACAAGGGGUAGAAAGCUAUGCAUAUGCUAGUGACGAGAUUGCCACUCCUAGUCUUCAAGCGGAGUUUCCACCGGCUGAUUUGACUUCCAUUCUGGUUGCGCGGUAUUUUGAACGUGUACACCCGGUGAUUCCCGUUCUUCACCAGCCACUCUUUGAAUCCCAACUUCGCAACAAUCUUCACGCACAAGAUGAUGGUUUCGCACGCCUGCUGCUCAUAGUUUGUGCUAUAGGCGCUCGUUGGUGCGGGGAUCCUAGAGUUUUGGAUGAACAAUCGCCCUCAGAAUUAAGUGCUGGAUUUCGGUGGUUUCGGGCUGCAUAUAGGAAUGGAAUCAAUUUCAUGUAUAUGCCUUCUCUGGCUAAUGCUCAGUUCGUGGUGCUCUCGUUAUAUUUUUUCCUCGGCUCCUCAACGUAUGAUAUGGCUUGGCUUUUUGCUGCCAAGGUGUCGAGGAUAUUUGAUGCUCUGGGGGCGCAUAGAAGAAAGAAAUCAGUCACUCUAGCCGACGAGCUAUUAAAAAGGUCUUUCAGGUGUUUUCUUAUAAUGGAUCAAAUUACAAGCGCCACUGUAGGGCGGCCCAGCGUAUUCCAGAACCUUGAAAUCGAUGUUGAUGAUGUUCUGGAAGUCGACGAUCUUUAUUGGUCCCCAGAGCUCAAUGCAUCGCCACCACCAGUGUCUCAGGGCAGCUCCCUGCAACUUGUUGUCUUGAACUACUCUUCUAGGCUUUGCACCAUCACAGGCCAGGCUAUCCAGAUUGCGACUUUGCCUGGGAGCACCAAAGUGCGGAUCGGUCUUGAUACACCUCAAGGAGAAGAAUGGGUAGCUCGCAACCUAAACCAGCAGCUCAAUAAAUGGGUCGCUUCUGUUCCAAUAAAUCUUCGCCUUCCUGAUCCAGAGCGCUUCGCCGAACAUUCAAUAUCGCACCUACACCUGGUGCUUACGUUAUGGACCUGUUAUUGUUACACUACCAUAUACAUCAACCGGUCGUUCAUCAACAGUAAAGUCCCAGAAAUUGCCACCGCCUCAUUCCACAAUUGCUACCAGGCCGCCCGUCAAUGCGCAGAGUCGGUGGACGCCUACUACAAAGUUCCCGAUGUACUUCCACUUGAAAGCGCUAUCCCUGGGGUCUUCUCAAGCGCAAUGAUUUUGAUUAUUGAUUCGAUCGCGAACUCGAGUCCGGAGCAACUUGAAGCCGGAGGUACCGUUUUACAUAAUCCAGAGCAUAAUGCAACUCGAAAUGAACGAGACAUCGAAACGUGUCUAGAAGUCCUCGAGCGCAUGGAGCGCUGUUGGAAAAUCGCUGGAAAGCUUAGGGAUGUUGUGAAAGAAUUUCGAGAAGUAUGGAGUUCUCAUAUCUCCCCUCCAUUGACGACCGUUUCAGAGCCAACGCAACCCCCGGAAGAGUGGUGUACCCACAAAUCAUAUGCGACCGCACCUUUUGCGGUCGAGAGAUUACAACCUACAGGGUUAUAUGCACAUCAAGUUACGAGAACACCUAUGCUUGCUGACGGGCUGAACCCGGCUCCCGUUUUCCCUAAUGCAUUUGUCAAUGAAAUGGGUGAGCCAAACCUUCUAACCGCCCAAAUGCAAUCCGCCAGGACUUACGAUGGACCUCAGAGCGCUGCUUAUGCUGCUCAGUUUCUGCCUGAAGAAGCGGCAAUUAACUUUGGUGAUGUAAUGGUUCCUGAUAGCGCAAAUUAUGAUUUAUUCUCGCUACUUCCGGGAUCGGAACACGAUUGGAACGAUACCAUGGGGAGUGUUUUGAGACUUUGGGAUAGCGAGCCGGGCCCAUAA